AUGUCCGCCACCGCGACGGCGUCCCUCAAAUCACCCUCGCAUCCCCAUUCUCAUUCGCACUCGCAUUCGAAAUCCCAUUCGCACUCCCACUCCCAUUCCCGUUCUUCGCGGCCUUCGACCACGCCACGCGUGCAGCCAGCUGUCGCAUCUGUCGGCCAGCCUAUGCCACCUCUCCUGUCCCCCACUAACGUUCGAACAUCCUCUAAUUCUCGAGAUGUGAAGAGCCCGAGCCCUAGCUAUUUUGGCUUUGUAGUGGGCGAUGAUUCAAUACCGGCAGACUCAAAUCCGGGGAAGCAUGUGCGCCAGAACUGGAAUUUUGCAGGGUCUAACGCACAGAAGGAUGUUGCGACACCUCGACACGUACCGGUCGAAUCCAACCCAGAUUUCGAGGCAUUUAGGAGACAGUCGGAACAUAAUCACAGGUUCGCGUUGAAUACGGCAUUCAGGCCUUCGCAGUCGAGAACAAACUCGGACCUCAGUUCGACGGCUUCGCCACUUGCGAAGAGGCCUGCCAUUGAGAGAAGUGCCCAAUCAAACACCCGAAUGGAAGAUGUCUCGUUCUUUGAUAUUCCAAGACAACAAUCUCCCGACUCUAUCAAUCGAAAUAGCGUGGCCGACCAUCAACACGCUCGGUUAUCUUUACCUAGCAACGAUAUCCGCGGAUCCCCUUCCGGCAUUACAAAGCCCUCCAGCCGCUCAGAAACACUACCGUCGUCGGCGGAAAAAGACGUACCACCCAUCGUUUCACCUACACAAGUAGCUGAGAUCCUCCGCUCGCAACCCGGGCAGGUUCUAGUACUGGAUCUACGGGUCUACCAGCAGUAUGCGUCGGCAAGGAUACGGGGGGCUCUGAACCUAUGUAUUCCCACAACCCUGCUGAAACGGCCCGCGUAUAAUGUCCAGAGGCUUGCUGAGACCUUCAGUUCCGCUCGCGACCAGGAAACCUUUGCGCGCUGGCAAACCUGCUCCUACAUUGUUGCGUACGAUGCCAACUCGUCGCUAGCCAAGGAAGCAGUCACGCCGUUGAAUGUCCUCAAGAAGUUUACAUCUGAAGGCUGGAAGGGCACCGGUCUGGUCAUUAAGGGCGGUUUCCUGAAGUUCCAGAAAUUAGUCCCGGAUCUGGUUGACGAUGGUCCUGUACAGCAAGGUAAUGGAGCCUCCAGUCAACCGCUGUCGAUCUCCGCACCUGGGAAAGAUACCCUCGCCGUCGCCGGAGGUUGCGCCAUGCCAACAACGAAAUCUGCUGCAAACCCAUUCUUUUCGAACAUUCGCCAGAACAUGGACCUCAUCGAUGGCGUUGGUCAACUGACUAUUAAAAAGCCCCAUGAACUCACGGCGGAGACUGAAAGGCGUAUGCCAUCCUGGUUGAAGCGGGCAGCCUCGCAGUCCAAUGACGGCAAGUUGGUUUCCGACAAAUUCCUGAAUAUUGAAAAGUCGGAGCAAAAGCGUAUGCAGGAUGCCCUCAACGUCAAGGUCUCGUACGGAAGUCCACGCACGGAACGACCAGAAAAAAUCCAGAUUGCCGGCAUUGAGAAGGGUUCGAAGAAUCGCUACAACAAUAUCUUUCCUUACGAUCAUACGCGGGUCAGGCUGCAGAACGUGCCAAAUGGGAGCUGCGAUUAUAUCAAUGCCAGCCAUGUGAAAGCAGAAUUCUCCAAUCGACGGUACAUUGCCACGCAAGCCCCCAUCCCGGCAACCUUCAAUGACUUUUGGCGGGUGGUCUGGGAACAAGAUGUCCGAGUGAUCGUAAUGCUAACGGCUGAAGCUGAAGGUGGACAAGUCAAAAGUCACGUCUAUUGGAAGCCUGGCGAGUAUGGUCAAUUGAAGCUCAAACAGCUCUCCGAACGUCAAGUGAGUCUGGAGUCAAAGAAGCCUGCAAACAAACCUGCACCGACCACGCGUCCUUCCAUGGCUCCGAGAAGAUCGACAACAGCCAAUAUAGCUGGUGAACGCAGCCGAGAAGAGGUCAAGUCUCCGGGCUCCAGGGCGACGCCGAUGGCCGUCGUUCGAGACUUUUCCCUCAGUCAUUCCGCCCGUCCUUUUGAGCCGAUGCAUGAGGUUACUCAGGUCCAUUAUGCCGACUGGCCCGAUUUGGGCGCUCCAGCCAGCCCGAGUGAACUCCUUGGGCUGGUGGAACAGGUCAAUAAAUAUGUCCGUGGCUCUGCCUCGCCGUCCAGUAUUGUUGGACCCGAUGAAGCAGCUCCCAAAGGACAACGCCCCAUCUUGGUUCACUGCAGUGCAGGGUGCGGACGGACAGGCACAUUUUGUACGAUCGACUCGGUCAUCGAUAUGUUGAAGCGACAGAAGCUCUCCAACGACGGCGAUCAAGAUAGAAUGGAUGUGGAUGCUGACGACUGGGUGACGCGCGACGAUGUUGACUUGGUCGCCAAGACUGUGGACGAGUUCCGUCAUCAGAGACUGAGCAUGGUGCAGAAUCUACGUCAAUUUGUUUUGUGUUAUGAAAGUAUUUUGCAAUGGAUUGUUGCACUAGAGUCGGAGCAGCGCCAAAAACGACCUGGGCUACCAGACCCGCGGAGGAGUUAUCACGGCUGA